AUGUGCUGGCUGCCGAUAGACCAGCCUUUGCUGAUGCCGAGACACUCGUCAUUAUCCCGUAGUCCAUCGCCCUGCUCCAUGGCUCAGGUUGUUGCAUCGCGCUUGAGGAGAGUCGGGGACCAGUUUGAGAAGAGCUUUGCGUCUGGAGCCACAGAGUACACUUCAGUGAGAUUUGGCGGCAAAAGACAUCUGAGGAGCGCCCUGUGGAGCCUGGCCGCGCUCCUGCUGCUCUUCACAAGGCGACACCUGUAG